AUGGCUUCAAGGAAAACAACUGUUAGUAAGAAUGGCCUGUAUCAAAGUAUGACAUUCGUAUUUGCACUUCAAAUUAUAGGCUAUAGUUUAAUAUUUGUAUUUUCCAUCUUUAGUAAUGUAUUGAUAUGCAUUGUGAUUUUACGUAAAAAAAUACCCCAUAAUUUUACUAAUUGGAAUAUCUUUAACUUGGCAGUAGCCGAUAUCUUGAUUACGCUAACUAUUCCAUUCGCUGCUUAUGAAAAUUUUACCAAUAAAUUUAUCUUUGGUCAAUUUUUAUGCAAAGUAAUUUAUAGUACACGCAAUAUUGCUAUCUAUAUGUCAUGUUUAAUUUUGGUCUUCAUUAGUUACAAUCGCUUUCGUGCGGUAACUUUGAUUAAACAGCAACAAACUGUUUACAAAUAUACUAUAUUAACCACAUUGAUAGCAUGGAUUAUUGCAAUUAUUGCUACUUUGCCUCAAACAAUCAUCUUGACCGUAAAUAUAAAUGGAUCUAAAAACGGUACUCGUUGCCGUGAAGAUUGGCAAAAUCAAGACCUUCGUAUUGCUUAUGGAUUUUUUCUAUUGAUUACCUUCUUUUUAAUUCCUUUUGCGGCCAUUUCUUGUUGUCAUGUUUUGAUAGGUUGGCGACUAUGGCAUAAAACUCAUCCAUUAAGUGGUCGAAGUAAGAUCGUCCAUCAAAAAAAAAAGAAAAUUGUGUGGAUGUUAGUCAUCGUAGUUACGGCAUUUUUUAUAUGCCACUUUCCACCUAAUGUUAUCUUUUUACUUUAUGAAUUGAAUCUUAUUACUUGGGCGACAGACAUAGCUAUUUUGACAUCAAUAACUUACUGGCUAGGCUAUUCACAUUCACUAUGGAAUCCCGUUAUUUAUGGCGCAUUGAAUAAGACAAUGCGAGAUGCAAUCUUGGGCACCGUUUUUGAAGUUAAAAAGACCAGUGCUAACUACGUCAGGCGAUAA